UCCCUCCGUCCUGAACCUUUUCCUAUAUAAAGGGACCAGCCCCCCACGGACAUCAGGAGAUUACAACAGCAGCUACGAUCGGCUGCUGCGCACCGAUCGAUCUCAGAGUCCACGAGGCAUUAGCUAGAGUUAGAGGAGGGCAGAGCUCAGGGAUAGAGUUCAGAUAGAGAGAUAGAGAGAGGGAGGGAGAUCUCCUGGACGAUCCGUCGAACAUGUAUCAUGGCGGCCCGGGCAUGUCUCCUGCUGCCGCCGGCGGUCGUGGCGGCACGGCCAGGAAGGUCGCGCCAUGGAUCCUCGCCUGCGGCUUCCUGCUCUGCUCGUCCGUCCUUUUCCUGGUCAUACGCAAGUACGUAAGGUCGUCUCCUAGAUCGCAUCCCGGCGAAUCCAGUCAGAGAGCUGAAGGCGCCAUUGGUGUGAACUACGGCAUGAUCGCCAACAACCUGCCGACGCCGGACAAGGUGAUCGCCAUGUACAAGGCCAACAAAAUCAGCUACGUCCGCCUCUUCCACCCGGACACGACCGUCCUCACCGCGCUCCGGGGCACGGGCAUCGGCGUCGUCCUCGGCACGCUCAACGAGGACCUCGCCCACCUCGCCUCCGACGAGUCCUUCGCGGCCUCGUGGGUGGCCUCCUACGUCAAGCCCUUCGCCGGCGCCGUGACGUUCCGGUACAUCACGGCCGGCAACGAGGUCAUCCCGGGCGACCUUGGCACGCACGUCCUCCCCGCCAUUAGGAACAUCGAGACCGCGCUCAAGGCGGCGGGCGUCACCGGCGUCCCGGUCACGACGGCCGUGGCCACGUCAGUGCUGGGCGUCUCGUACCCGCCGUCGCAGGCCGCGUUCUCUGAGGCGUCGGCGCCGGUGAUGGCGCCGCUGGUGGCGUACCUGUCGGCGAAGAAGGCGCCGCUGCUGGUGAACGUGUACCCGUACUUCGCGUACGCGGCGGAGCCGGAGACGGUGCAGCUCGGGUACGCGCUGCUGGCCGGGUCGAGCGCGACGUCCAAGAUCAAGGUGGCGGCGGUGGCGGACGGCGGGCUGGUGUACACCAACAUGUUCGACGCGAUCCUGGACGCGGCGCACGCGGCGGUGGAGAAGGCCGGCGCGCAGGGGCUGGAGCUGGUGGUGUCGGAGACCGGGUGGCCGUCGGGCGGCGGCGGGACGGGCGCCACCGUGGAGAACGCGGCGGCGUACAACAACAACGUGAUCCGGCACGCGGCGUCCGGCGCCGGCACGCCGCGGCGGCCGGGCAAGGCCGUGGAGACGUACCUGUUCGCCAUGUUCAACGAGAACCAGAAGCCCGAGGGCACGGAGCAGCACUUCGGGCUCUUCCAGCCGGACAUGAGCGCCGUCUACCCCGUCGACUUCGCCGCCGGCGCCUACUGAGGACUGAACGACGACUGGGACCGUACAGCGCCGAGAUUUAGUUUUACUGCUACCGCACAGAUUAAUUCGUUUACAGUUUACUCGCUCGUUUAUUAAUCACAGGUUUAUCGCUUUAAUUUACAGCAGCUCUGUACAUGUGUAGUGCAUGAUGGUACACGGCAUAUAUAUACUACGGGCAAGAGCUCAUUGCUCUUUGGUUA